AUGGAGCCACCUUUGCCAACUUCAUCAACCAUUGGCUACAGUUACACGUGUCAGCCACCAGUAAAUCCAUCUUUCACCCUCAUCCUCCAAAGUAAUAACGUUAGGUUGCCUAAGUUCAUUAUUAAGGACUUGGAUAAAGUAAAGUAUGCUACAAGGAUAUUUGUGUUUCCUAAUUCAAAACUAAAUGAGCUGAAGAAGAAGGUUGCUGCCACCGGAAAAGCUCCAACGAACCCUUCUCGAGUUGAAGUGUUGACGUCUUUAAUAUUUAAACACGCAGUGAGUGCAGCCGCAACAAAGUCAGAUUCUUUGAAACCAUCAAACUUGUCUGUAGCUACGAACAUGAGGAACAAGUUUGUUGAAAACUAUCCUGAAACAGCAGCAGGAAACUUAUUCACGUUAGCGAUAGCAAAGAUGGAGGAAUUUGGUGAAAUCAGGUUGAGUGAGGUGAUUUCUGAGGUAAGGAAGGCAAAAAUGGGUCUUGAAGGAAUGAGAGAUGAGCAAGAAGUAGUUGAAAAGUUGCUAAACACAUUCUCCACCUUACAGAGUGACAUUUAUUAUAGUUCAAGCGUGUGUAGGGUUCCAUUUUACGAAGUGGAUUUUGGGUGGGGCAAGCCACAGGAAGUUCUACUAAGAAUUCCAAAUGUGGAUGAGAAUACUAUCAUUUUGAUGGAUACUCCAUCUGGAAAUGAUAUUACAGCACAUGUGCAUCUGCCAGAAGAAGAAAUGGCCAUUCUUCAUAAGGACAAAGAGUUUGUUAAUUAUCUUUAA